AUGGAAUCCGUUAGACUACAAAGCCUUGAAAAUGAAGCUCAUAAGCAUAAUCAAAAGCUCUCUUCAUCGGAAACUACAAUUUCAGGAGAUGAUCAAGCACGAGGAUCUCAAGAUGUAUCUAAACGAGGAGGCUGGAUUACAUUUCCUUUCAUUAUGGGAAAUCUGGCAGGUCUUUCAGUGGCAGCGGGUGGCUGGGGAGCAAAUUGGAUAGUGUUUCUGAUAACUAAGUUUCACAUUGGGAGCAUAGCCGCUACGAAGAUAAACAACGUUGGCUUUGGCUUUGUCAAUCUGUUUCCGAUCGCCGGCGCCAUCAUCGCCGAUACCUUCACCGGAAACUUCACCGUCGUCAGUGUUUCUUCCUUCAUAGCUUUGAUAGGCAUGGCAAUGUUAACCCUAAUAGCUGGAAUCCAUUCCCUAAAACCUUCACCAUGCGAGGUAGGCUCAACAACAUCAUGCGAAAAUCCAACGAAGCUUCAAUAUCUCUUCCUCUACACAGCAAUGGGAUUAACCACACUGGGUGUCGGAGGCUCCCGCUUCACGAUCGCUACAUUGGGAGCUGACCAGUUCGACAAAACGGACCACCAAGGCGCUUUCUUCAAUUGGUUUUUUGUCGUCUUGUAUGUCGGAAAUGCCAUUAGCUUUAUCGCAAUUGUCUACAUCCAGGACAACAUUGGCUGGGGAUUAGGGUUUGGAAUUUGCCUUAUCAUGGUCGCGAUAGGGUUGGUUCUGCUUCUGCUAGGGAAACCGUUCUAUCGUCUCCUCAAACCCAAGGGAAGCCCCUUUGUGAGCAUAGCGCGAGUACUCGUCGCGGCCAUUAGGAAGAGGAAAGUAUCAACUAAAAGUUUAGAGAGCUUGGAUUACUGUUAUGGAACAACUGGGAUGUCAAAAAUGGUCCAAGGCACACCAAGCAAAAGUUUCAGAUUCUUGAAUCGUGCAGCGUUGAAAACUGAAAACGACAGACAAUCCCACGGCUCUUACCCAAAAUCAUGGAACCUUUGUACGGUGGAGGAAGUGGAAGACCUCAAAACGGUGAUGAAAAUCCUUCCACUAUGGUCAACCGGCAUUCUCUUGAGCAUCACCAUCGCCAUAGUCAACAGCAUGUCAACCGUCCAAGCCCUAACCAUGGAUAGGAAACUGGGGUCCAUCAAAAUCCCAGCUGGGACCUUACUAGUCUUCAGCCUCAUGUCCACAGCCAUCUCAAUCUUUAUCAUCGACCGGUUCCUCCUCCCAAUGUGGAGAAAACUCAGUGGUCGCCCCUUAACACUUCUCCAACGAAUAGGAGUAGGCCAUGUUAUCAAUGCCAUUGGGAUGGUGGUGUCCGCCCUAAUCGAAGCUAGGCGGCUCCACCUAGCCCGAUCCGAGGGCGUCACCCAUCAGCCCGGUUCAGUUGUGCCCAUGUCAGCCUUAUGGCUAGUGGUGAACCUAGUCAUUAUAGGGUUCGGUGAGGGGUUUCAAUUUCCUGGACAAGUUGCGUUGUAUUACCAGGAGUUCCCGGAAUCAUUGAAAAGCACUUCGACGGCCAUGAUCUCAUUCUUGAUUGGGUUAGGGUAUUAUCUUAGCGCCGCGGUGAUGAAUUUUGUUGACCGGACGACCGGUUGGUUGCCUAAUAACAUAAACGAGGGGCAUGUGGACAAGGUGUUUUGGUUGUGUGCAGUGAUUGGAGUUGUUAAUUUUGGGUUCUAUUUGGUUUGUGCUUGGUUGUACAAGUACCAACGUGACCGAAAUGCUGAUGAUGAUAUUGGUGAGCAGCAGCCUACCUAAUUUGGAUCUCUAGUAAAGUUUCUAAUACUAAGU